CAGAACCACAACUGUUGGAAGUUUUCAGCUUUUCAAAAACAUUUCGGUGGACUAAGGACCGUUUUUAAAAUGAGUUAAGAAAUGUUGUAUUUGGAAUCCGAGAAAUCCCUUGGCCCGAUGACAAAGUAAUGGAAAAAACCGGAGCACAGACUUCUUCUUUGACACUUUUAUUAUGAAUGAUGGAGGAGUCAAGCACCGCUUUCACCUCUGAGUAUAACGACAGCACCUCAGCAUGGGCGCCUACGCCCUCUUCUCCCAGCGGACAGCUCGGCACACUUCCCAACCCGCAGACGCGGUUCAAAGACUUGACAGGGAUGCUUUUCAUGGUGACCCUGAACGUUCUCGCACUUCUGGCCAACACUGCUGUGAUGGUGGUUGUCAUCAAAGCUCCACAUCUCAGGAAAUUUGCCUUCGUGUGCCACCUGUGUGCGGUGGACCUGCUGUGCGCCAUCCUGCUCAUGCCUCUUGGCAUCGUGUCCAGCUCGCCGUACUUUGCCGGCGUCGUGUUCACUGUGCUGGAGUGCCAGGUCUAUGUCUUCCUCAAUGUGAUCCUCAUAGCUGCCUCCAUCUUCACCAUUACAGCUAUCAGCGUGGAACGAUAUUACUAUAUCGUCCAUCCCAUGCGCUACGAGGUCAAGAUGACCCUGAAGCUGACCUCGGCUGUGGUGGUGAUGGUGUGGGUGGCCUCGGCCAUUCUGGGCUUCUCCACCGUGUUUGGAUGGCCAUCUUAUGACCUGAGGUCCAUCAGUGCGGCCCACUGCUCAAUUCACUGGAGCCACCGGGACCACAGGCGUAUCUUCUCUGCGCUCUUCAGCAUCACCUGUUUCUGUCUGCCAGCUGUGGUCAUCUUCGCCGUCUACUGUAAUGUGUACAAGGUGGCCCGCGUGGCCGCGCGGCAGCACGGACCUCUGCCCUCGUGGACGAACGCCCAAGUCAAGCCCCGCUCCGACUCCAUAAACAGCCAGACGACCAUCAUUACAACACGCCUUGCCCCGCACAGGAUAACACGUAGGCGGCCUUUUAUCGGCAGUAAAGCUGCGCUCACCCUGGUGAUUAUUGUCGGUCAGUUUCUAAUCUGCUGGCUGCCUUACUUUGCCUUCCACCUCCAUCUGAUACUGAACUCAAAGCCUCACGCCCCUAAUGACUUGGAAGAAGUGGUGACCUGGCUGGCGUAUUCCUCUUUCGCCAUGAACCCUUUCUUCUACGGACUUCUAAAUAGGCAAAUCCGCGAGGAGCUGCUUAAGCUGAGGCGCUGCUACUCCGCAUACCCAACGGACCUGGCCUUUUCCAGCCAUGAGGGCUCAGGCCAUGACAACUUUUUGCAGUUCCUCCACAGGACCAGUUGCACAAUAGAGACACAUGCAAGCUUUGCAAUCCCCAGUCCCAGAACCCCUCUGGAUCAUACUGGGCCGACCGGUUUCAGGAUACCAGGCCAGAUUCCAGAAGAGUUGAAUUAGAUAUGCCUCACUGCUGUGAAACAAUGUUAAUGAUCCACUGGAUUGUAAAAUAAUGUAUGGCAACAUGAUUUAAUGACCUGCAGCAAUGAUUUACACAAAAAACGUAAAAACAAAACGUGUUGUGUCUUUUAAAACUUGAUACUGUACUAUUUCAUCUGCUCUGAAAAUCAUUGUAAAGGUAUUAAUGAUGCUUUUGCAAAUGAACUAUAUUUUUUAUAAGCUACUUAAAUAAUUUUGUGAUUUAAAGGCAAUUACUGGGUUUUGAUUAAAAAAAGGAGGGGGAUGUGUGUGUCACAUUUGGGAAAUCUGAAUCAGUCAGCAGGUUUACAUACAAAUCAAAUUUUACACAGGUAGGAUUCAGGAUUUGUUUAUUAAGCGAGGGCAAUUCUUCAUAUCAAAAAUAUUUUUAUAGACUAAAGAGA